UGAAAGUCAUUGGAGUAAUUUGAAAUCAAUUUGUUAUGAGAAUAUUAAAGUUAUUCGAUGUGGCGAGAAAUGUAUCGAAUUGCGUAAUCAGGAGAAACUUUGUACGCAAUUUCGAGCCUUUUAUCAAUAUGUGGCGCAUUUUGAUCCUCUCGAACUGCUUCUUAUUAAUAUUAGCAGGUGACGGAGGAACGAGAAUGGCGAGAUUCAGUCCAAUAGAUCCGAGCUCCUUUUCCAGGCCAGAUUUGGCUGUGGUCACCAACAUCAAGCUUUCUCUGAAGGUUCACUUUGACCAGAAGAUAUUCAGCGGAAACUGCGAUUUAACAGUUAAAAAGCUGCACGAAAAUGUUAACGAAGUGGUACUCGAUGUCAAAGACUUGGAUAUUGAGUCCAUUUAUGAGACUGAAACUAACACCAAGUGCAAGUACACACUGUCCCAGCCUGUGGGUGAGUUUGGAUCAGAGUUGGCCAUAGAAAUACCACCCAAGGAAGUUAACAACUACAUUUUUACCAUCAACUACAAGACUAGACCUCAUGCUUCUGGUCUUCAGUGGCUUGAGCCUGAGCAGACUGCUGGAAAGAAACAUCCAUAUGUCUUCAGCCAAUUCCAAGCUAUUCAUGCCAGGAGUUUCCUUCCAUGCCAAGACACUCCUUAUGUGAAAACCAAAUAUGAAGCUCUUAUUAAUGCACCUACGGAUUUGUCGGUUGUGAUGUCAGCAAUCCGAGAUGCCACGAAGCCUAUGAUCGGCUACAACUUGCACCAUUUCAAGCAAGACGUUCCUAUACAAUCAUAUCUGAUUGCUAUAGCGAUCGGUGCUCUGGAAUCUAGAAAGAUCGGACCUCGUUCCACGGUAUGGGCCGAAAAGGAAUUCAUCGAGAUGGCAGCAAACGAAUUUGCAAAUACCGAGAAGCAGCUGAAAACUGCCGAAGACAUUUGCGGGCCAUACGUCUGGGGCAUCUACGAUCUUCUCGUACUUCCCCCAAGUUUUCCCUUCGGAGGUAUGGAGAAUCCUUGCCUGACAUUCGUAACUCCUACAUUAUUGGCUGGAGAUAGGUCUUUGGCAAACGUUGUUGCUCACGAAAUUGCUCACAGUUGGACCGGUAAUUUGGUAACGAAUGCAAAUUUCGAACAUUUCUGGCUGAAUGAAGGUUUCACCGUUUUCAUCGAGAGAAAGAUUUUGGGUCGCUUGGAAAGCCCGCAAGUGCAGGACUUCGACGCUUACGGUGGCACCGUGGAACUGAAGGAAGCGAUUAAUGAAUUGGGUGAUAGCAAUCCUUUGACUUGUCUGGUAGUAAAUCUGACGGGAGUGCAUCCCGACGAUGCUUUCUCGACUGUACCAUAUGAGAAAGGGCAAACUUUUUUGAGAUAUUUAGAGACGAUUGUUGAAGGACCAGCUGUAUUUGAGCCAUUCCUUCGCAAGUACUUCGACACGUACAAAUACAGGUCGUUGACUACGGACGAGUUCAAGGCUUUCUUCAUCGAGUACUUCAGCAGCACUCCGGAGAUAAAGAACAUCGAAUGGAACAAAUGGUUGCACACACCAGGUAUGCCUCCAGUCAUUCCCGACUACGACAAGACUCUUCUGAAGACCAUCGACGAGAUGAAGCAACGCUGGUUGAACUGGGAUGAAAAGUCUGGUCCAGUUCCAUUCUCCGGCGACGAGAUCACGUCCAUCCAGAAAAUCCAGCUGCUGCAAGAUAUCUUUGAAUCCGAGCCUCAACCUAUUAAGAAACUGGAGGUGCUCGAGGAAAAGUUUAAAUUCACUGAAGUGCAGAACGCCGAAAUCAAAUUUAGGUGGCUGAGGAUUGGCAUCAAAGCCAAAUGGGAAAAAAUCGUCGAUCCUGCACUGAAUUGGGUAAACGAAGUUGGCAGGAUGAAAUACUGCAGGCCGCUCUACAGAGAUUUCUACAAUUGGGAGGAGAUGCGCGCCAAAGCCAUCCAGAAUUUCCAAGACAACAGAAAGAACAUGAUGCACGUCUCAGCGUACACAAUUGCUCACGAUUUGCGCUUAAAGGAAUAAAUAUUUUUUUGAUUAUUUUAUAAAUACAACCAAAUGCAUUUUAACCAUUUAAAUAAAUAUU